AUGACAAAUGAUGUUAUAUUGAUCACACCAAAGCCCAUAACAUUAGAGAGGAUCAAUAUGGGAAGGGCUGACAAUCUUGGCUAUAUAUCUAUUAUGAAGAAUUAUGCAGUGAGUGAGAAAGCAGAUGGAGAGAGGUUCCUGUUAUUUGUUGAUAAAGAUGGUGAGGCCUUCCUUAUCAACAACAUAAAGAAUGUGAGAGGCACAGGCCUGAAUGCACCUGCACUCAAGAAUAGCCUAUUUGAUGGCGAACUGGUCUUAUGUUCAGAGCGCAAGAACGAUUCCACGCAUGAUCUGUUUGCAAUAUUCGAUGUUUAUCUUCUAAAUGGAAAAUCUGUGAAGGACCUGCCUCUUAUUCCCGAUAGAUAUGAUAUAAUGAAGAAACAUGUGAGCAUGAUGAAGACUACAUCAUCUCAUGAAUUUGUGGUUAAGCAACAGCUCUAUGCAUCUGAUGGAGAAACAAUCCUUGAUAAGUGCAAUGAGAUCUUAAGCAAUCACAGUUCAUACAAUUAUAAGAUUGAUGGGCUGGUAUUCACUCCAAUGAAGCUCCCAGUAUUUGGUUAUUAUGCAAACAAGCCAGUGAGUGUCUCUGCAAACAUGAAAUGGGAUAGGGUAUUCAAAUGGAAACCACCCGAGCAGAACACAAUCGAGUUUAUUGUGAAGGAGACGGGCAUAUUCCAUACCUAUGGAGAUGGGAGCAGGUACAAGGAAUUCCAAUUGUAUGUUGGUUUCAAUAUUGAGAACAAUGAGAUGAUUGAUGUAUUGACAGGCUUGACAAGAAGAUAUGAUAAGCGAUAUAAGCCACGGAAUAGGAAUUCUAUCUAUGAGCUCCGUGAGUACAUUCUAGAGGGUAAGGCACAGAAGGCUCAUAUUGCAGUAAAUGAGAAUACUGGGAAUUGCUAUACAACUGAUACAAAUGAGCUUGUACUGAACAACAGCGUGGUUGAAUUCUCAUACAAUACACAGAAUGUGAUGUUAUCGAAUGAGAGGCGUUGGAUUGCAAACAGGAUAAGACAUGACAAGAACAGGAUCUACAACUUCGGAUCAGGUCCCAUCACAAAGACUGCAAAUGAUUGGGAUGUGGCAAUGAACAUAUGGCGCUCUAUCUCAAAGCCUAUUACAUACGAUAUGAUCACUGGUAAGACAUCUAUUGAAUUUUCAGAGAGCGAUAUUGAUGUUGAGCUGUCCAGCGAUGAUAAGUAUUACAACAGGUUCAAUGACAAGGAUAGCAGCAAGCUUAUAUCAUCUAAGAUGAUCUUCUUCCAUAAUAGGAUAAUCAAGUCCAUGCUAUAUGAAUAUCCUGCUAUAAAGGGAGGCAAUCGUGGAAACAUCAUAGAACUGGCUUGUGGUCAGGGUUCUGAUAUAGAUCGUUGGAUGUUUGCACGAUAUAAGUUUGUCUUUGGUGUAGAUUAUGUCAAAGACAACAUAGAAAAUCCUGUGAGUGGUAUAUACAAGAGAUUGCUCACCAAAUAUUACAAGACAAAAAAAGAAAACAAGGAUAGAUAUUUUCCAACGAUGAUAUUUGUUAUUGGGGAUUGCAAGCAUAAGCUAGAAUCAGGAGAGGCAGCUAAGGGCCUUGAUAAGACAAGUGAGGAUAUCUUGAAGAUUGUUUUAGGAAAGAGAGGUUAUUCAGACAAGAAGUUUAGCCAUCUAAAUAUCUUUAAUGAUUAUCACAAUGUGUCAUUCGAUGUUGCCUCUUGCAUGUUCUCUAUCCACUAUUUCUUCCAGGAUGAGGCAAGCCUAGGUGGCUUCCUCAACAAUGUAGUAUCAAAUCUGAAGAAGGAUGGUGUCUUCAUAUGCACCUUUAUGGAUGGAAAGACCGUUGAGGAUAAAUUGCAUUCAAACCAUGGAUCGUUGCUUGGGAUUGAUCCGACAAGUGAGGCAGUUGUUUGGGCAAUCAAGAGGAACUAUUCAGAGAACCAGAGAAGUCCUUAUGGAAAACAGAUAAAUGUCUACAUAGAAAAUUCAGGAAAGUUCAUUGCUGAAAACCUUGUCAGUUUCAGUCUCCUAGAAAAUAAAUGCAAUGAGGUUGGAUUGAAAUUAGAAUCAUCUGAGAUGUUUGAGACCACAUUUAAUAAAACUAUAUCAAGCACAAACGAUAAAUAUAUCAAGGAUAAUCUUCAGCUAUUGGAUAAUGAUCCAAAUCUUAAAGAAUUCAGCUUCUUGAACAGAUGGGCUAUCUUUAGGAAGAUCAAUUAG